AUGUCUCACCAACCUUCACCAAACCCAAAUGCCUCCGAAGUGCCCGCUGUCGAAGGACACAUGAAUGCGCUUUUUGAAGUUAGUUCUAACAAAACGGGCAACGACGCUCCUGCUACCUGUGGUCUUCAAAAUCCACUGUACCGGAUCGGCACGGCACCUCGGGUUCAAUUCGAUAAAAGAAACGAGAUGACCGUGCAGGUCAAAUUUAAAUUACAUAGUGAUAAGGAAGUCGAAGUCGACAACCAGCCCGCAUGUAUCAAGGCAACCAAGCACAAGGGUUGCGUGACAAUCUUCAGUGAAAGUCAAAAGGAAAAAGCCAGAAAGGUGGCUCAGGCUUGCGCUGCGAAAGAACUGAUCACAUCAGCCAGAGGCCCAUCUGCAUCCGAAUCGGAGGUUCGGGUUCUUACCAAGGAAUUAGAGGACGCCCGUAAGCGGAUCGCGCUCCACGAACUGACUGCGCAGCUCUUCCAUGAUCAUGCUCAAAAGGGGAACUCCGGAGACGGGGUUGUCUUGGUUUGCCCAUGGGAUCCUAAGAUCCUUUACCGGUUAACAUGGAGCGGGGCUUGGGUUUGGGCCAAAGUGGUGCAAGCGGGAAUGGCGACUCGUGAAAUCCCUCCUCGCACUUAUGAGUACCUCGCGAUUAUGAAGAAGUCCCGUGUCUACCACAAGGCUAUGAAAGUAGACGAUCGAGUGAAGAUGCGAAGCGGCGAUUUGCACUUGGACCUUUCUCCUACCUUUAACAAGGCUGGCGGUUCUCAUCAGUCUUUUUUCGAACCACCAGCAAAAUUAUUAUUUCAAAAACCAAUGGCUGGUGGCUCCAAGAGAUCUGCGAUCUUCAGUACCUCCGAUGAUGGUGAGAGAAAUGAUAAGAAAAAAAUCAAGGUUGAACCUGGCUUUGAAGAUGAAAAAAGAGGAAUCAAGCCAACCAAAAGGAUCACCAUCGUGUUGUCCUCCGAUCCACCCUCUCCUUCACCUAUCAUCAAACGAGAGCCAGAUCAACAUGUCAUCUUCCUUUCCUCCUCAUUGUUUAAUUCACCGUCAUUUGGUAGGCUCGCCCUCCGGAUAUGGAAAUGGCAUGGCCAUUAUGCUGUCAUCGGACUCACCUAA